CACCAUCCAAGAUUAUUUCGAUUGCCGUCUGAUUAUAAAUUUUGAAACGAACAUUUAUAAAUUUGUUGUUCAGUAAUCGCUAGCCAACAAUAAUACGAAGUUGUGAUAAGUCAGUGCCAAGAAACGGUCCUAAAACAGUAUGUGUUCAACUACAAUAUGAAUUUCAUAACUUUGGCCUCAAGUUCAGAAUUGUCAUUGUAAAUGUUUACGUGUCUUAUUAGACCGGUAUAAUUAAUAAAUAUAUUUGUAACGAUGAACAGAGGCAAGAACAGUAAUUCUAAAAUGGCAAGAACCGAGACAACUGAAGAAACAAAUGGGUACAAGCUCCUCAACAGUGAAAGUAAGCCUCCAGAUAUUAAACAUGGAAAAGAGAAUUCCUGGGUGGCGGGGGUGCAGAUGUUUGUGUCUUUCUUGCUCGCCGGCUUCGGUAUGGUUGCUGCAAGUCUUGUGCUUGAUGUGGUGCAGCAUUGGAAGGUGUUUGAGCAAGUAUCUGAAGUGUAUAUACUAGUGCCUGCUCUCUUAGGGUUGAAAGGAAAUUUAGAAAUGACGUUGGCAUCGCGUUUGUCUACUCACGCCCAUUUAGGGCAUCUGGACACAGACCUGAGUGCAUUAGUUGUAGGAAACUUGUGUUUGAUACAAUGUCAAGCUGUUUUGGUAGGAUUUUUGGCGGCCAUGGCUGCAAUAGCGAUGGGUUGGAUACCAGAUGGGCAGUUCGAUAUUCACCAUGCAUUACUGCUUGCAGCAUCAAGUGUUCUCACUGCUUCAUUUGCCAGUUUUAUCCUAGGCCUGAUCAUGAUUGGUGUCAUAGUUAUUUCAAAGAAACUAAACAUUAACCCAGACAAUAUUGCCACUCCAAUUGCUGCUAGUCUAGGUGACCUGACAACCUUGGCACUGUUGUCAUGGAUUGCAUCACUUCUGUACUCAAAUAUUGGCACAAGUGUUGUACUGCCGUCUAUUAUUAUCACUGCUGGCGCAAUUCUUGUGCCGGUCUGUGGUUACAUUGCCUGGGAUAAUAAGUUCACUAAACAAGCUUUAGAUGAAGGGUGGGUGCCCGUUGUCUCUGCAAUGGUUAUCAGCAGUAUUGGUGGUUUAAUUUUAGACUACACAGUAGUUAACUAUGAGGGUAUUGCAGUAUUUCAAUUAGUUAUCAAUGGUAUAGGUGGCAACAUGGUAGCAGUGCAUGCUUCUAGACUGUCAACUGUGUUACAUACAGGAGACAAGCCCGGGCCUCUUGUUGGCAAAACAACAAAAUUAUUACUCUUGAUGGUCAUACCAGGGCAGUUGAUAUUUAUAUACACUAUAGGCUAUUUAAAAGCUGGGCACACAUCUAUGACCCCUAUAUUUAUCCUCAUUUACAUGUCUGCAGCCUUGCUGCAAGUUUUCCUCUUAUUAGCUAUUAGCCACCACAUGGUUAUAUGGAUGUGGAAGAUGGGAAUGGAUCCUGACAAUUCUGCCAUACCAUAUUUGACAGCACUGGGAGACCUGCUGGGCACAGCUUUGUUAGGUGUCGCUUUUCAUAUACUAUAUGCCAUAGGAGAUAAAGACAAAGAUUUGGGAGAUUAAUGUAUUCUCUAGCCGCCCAGAGACCUAUAAAAAGGUCUCCUGUUCCAUUCUAAUUUGAACUUUGUGUUGACAAAAUAAAAUUUCAUUUUGCUUGGCAAGGUUUGACGUAUGGGCGGCUAGAGGGUAUGUACUUGAGAUAUUUCAAGUGGUCUUUGUUCAAUUUCAGUUAUCAAUUUUACUGAGGCAGUUUGUUUUAUCUAAUGCCAUUCAUAACUAUAUCAUAGUCAUCCUUUGACUGAGCACAUAUCUCGAAUAUAUUAUACACUAAGUGUUAAAUUUAAGUUGCUUUUAUUUGGUUAUCUACAAAACUAAGUAGGUAUUUAUAGUGCAAAAAAUAUAAAAUUUUACAUACCUAUUCAUAAUUACAUAUGCAUGGCAAAUAAAAUUAUUCAUUGUUUAAUAGUGUUUCAGUUUGUAUUAAAAAAAGUUAUUC